AUGUCAGUCGACCCUUACUCAAGAGAUAUCCACCACAACCCUCUAUCGUUGCACCACCACCAAAACGACGCCGCGGCACAAAGAGAGUCUCUCUUCGAGAAAUCACUCACACCAAGCGACGUCGGAAAGCUAAACCGCUUAGUCAUACCAAAACAACACGCCGAGAAAUACUUCCCUCUCAAUAAUGGCGUUGGAGAUGACGUGGCAGGGGAGACGACUGAGAAAGGGAUGCUUCUUAGCUUCGAGGACGAGUCAGGCAAGUGUUGGAAAUUCAGAUACUCUUAUUGGAACAGUAGUCAAAGCUACGUGUUGACCAAAGGAUGGAGCAGGUAUGUUAAAGACAAGCACCUCGACGCAGGCGACGUCGUUUUCUUUCAGCGUCACCGUUUCGAUCUCCAUAGGCUCUUCAUUGGCUGGCGGAGACGUGGCGAGGCUUCUUCCUCCCCAGCCGUCUCCGUCGUGUCUCAAGAAGCUCGUGUUAAUCCGACGGCGUAUUGGACACCUUAUCGUCAAGUACACGCGUCAAAUACUACUUACCCUAACGUUCACCAAGAGUAUUCACACUAUGGCGCCGUCGCUGAGACGCCGACGGUGGUUGCAGGGAGCUCGAGGACGGUGAGGCUAUUCGGCGUUAAUCUAGAAUGUCAUGGUGACGUCGUCGAGCCACCACCAUGUCCUGACGUCUACAACGGCCAACACAUUUACUAUUACUCAACUCCUCAUCCCAUGAAUAUCUCAUUUGCUGGGGAGGCGAUGGAGCAGGUAGGAGAUGGACGAGGUUGA